UAUAUGGACAUCUUACCGAGGCAGGAAUACACCUGCUUAUUAAAGUGUGUGAGCCUGUGUGGCAGAGCGCUAGUGUCCAGCUGUCUAACAAUAGACUGACCAGCCAUAGGGUGCUGCAGUCACAUGAGUAAGAAGGGUCGGACUAUGUAUCCUUGAUGCUCAACCUAUUUGUCAAGAAGCUGAAGUCUGUGGUUCGUCUCUGAGCUCCCUCUGUCUGGCUCACAGAGAUCAUCCAUAACAAAAUGUCUGAAACAGAGGAAGUCGUGGAGGAGGAAGCUCAGGAGGAAGAAGAUGACUCCAAGCCAAAGCCAAAGUUUAUGACCAAUAUUGCUGCCCCGAAGAUCCCUGAUGGUGAGAAAGUGGACUUUGAUGACAUCCACAGGAAGCGUCAGGAGAAGGAUCUGUCUGAGCUGCAGUCUCUGAUCGAGGCUCACUUCGUCCAGAGGAAGAAGGAGGAGGAGGAGCUCAUCGCCCUCGUUAACAGAAUUGAGAAACGUCGAGCUGAGAGAGCGGAGCAGCAAAGGGUCCGAACAGAGAGAGAGAAGGAGAGGCAGGCCAGACAGGCGGAGGAGAAGGAGAGGAAGGAGCUGGAGGAGCAGCAGAAGAAGAUGAAUGACGACGCUAAGAAGAAGAAGGCUCUCACCAACAUGACCCAGCAGUUCAGUGCUGGACAAAAGAGUGAGACAAAAAGAGGAGGCAAGAAACAAACUGAGAGGGAGAAGAAGAAGAAGAUUCUGGCUGACCGCAAGAAGCCUCUCACUGUUGAUCACCUAAAUGAGGACAAACUGAAGGAGAAGGCCAACGAGAUGUGGCAGUGGCUGAUGGGGCUGGAGGCUGAGAAGUUCGAUCUCAGCGAGAAACUUAAAAGACAGAAGUAUGAUAUUAACCAGCUUCUUGCCCGAGUUCAGGACCACCAGAGUGCCAAAGGUCGCGGCAAGGGCAAGAUGGGCGGCCGCCUAAGGUAAAGGAGCAGUCUGACAGGGACAAGCAAGUUUCGACCCCAGUGAUUGGCCAACAACUCCACUAAGCGUGUGAAUUCAUAGUUGUGUUCUGUUGUGUUGGGUUACAUGUCAAUUAUCAUGAUAGCAAAACAAUAAAUAAGUUAUUACAAUCACCCUGCAGAUUGUCUGUUUCUGUGCUCUUGAGUCCAAAAGACAGAACAUUACAUAUGAAUACAAACUCAACCAGCCAGAAUCACCAUGGAACAGCUUACCGGAUGUAUCAAAACCUUUGAAAGUUUGUUCAAUAGAUAAUUCAACAGUUCAAGAGUUAUUGUUCGAUAAGGAAAAACAAAAUACAUCUGUGGGUCUGAUGUACAAAACUUACAUGUCUCCAUAAAAGUAAUGCCUCUAUUACCAUGAAACUGAAGACUGUAAAAACAGUGUACAAUUAAAAAAAAA